GUUCAAUAUGGAGACCAGAAGCUGCGACGUUCCCAGGCUGAUGAGGGGCUCUUCUUCAGUUUCGCAGUGCAGGAGGCCACAGACCGACAGGACGGAGUGAGAGGAGACGCCCCCGUCUCUCACUCCUGAUCCAACCGCGUUAGAAGAGGCAAAGAACCUGUGUACAGGAAUCUCAAACAACACAUCAGAUUUGCUGUCUCUGUCCAGGUAUUUAAGGAGUGACCAGAUAUUUCCUUUGUAACACCAAUAUAUCUGUGGUUUAUCAUUGGAGAUGAAGAAGUAUCGCAUCCCAGCUGGAAAUGUGCUUUGUGCCUGACAUGAAGUUGUCUGUUGUAAUUCAGUGAAAUUGGCUGGAAUCGGGGUGCUGAGAACACGACUUUUGUUCACUAGAGAUCAGUUCUUCACCUGCACUGACGGAUUCACGACAUCUGACUUCCAACAUUGUGAAUUUUCAGAGAACUUUGCAGGGAGAUAUCAUUGUGGCAAAGAAUUCUUUCAUGCAGCCAACCCCCAGACACAACAGUGAGGCCAGUUACCCGCUCAGCUGUGGGAAGGGAUCCAAUCAGUCAUCUCACCUGCUGAGACUGUAAGAAGGGAUUUACUCGGUCAUCUCAACUUUUGGAAUACCAGUCAGUUCACGCUGGGGAGUGGCUGUUCUGUUCAGACUGUGGUAUGAGAUUCACUCAGUCAUUUCAACUUGGGUACGUCAACGAGUUCACACGGGGAGAAGCCAUUUACAUGUUCGGAGUGUGGGAAGGGAUUCAUUCGGUUAUCCCGUCUACAGAAACACCAGUUAGUUCACACUGGGGAGAUGCCGUUCACCUGCUCAGACUGUGGGAAGGGAUUUCCUCGGUCAUUUCAUCUGAAGGAACAUCAGCGAGUUCACACUGGGGAGAGGCCUUUCACCUGCUCAAACUGUCAGAUGGGCUUCACUCGGUCUUCUGACCUGAAGGCACAUCAGCGAGUUCACACUGGGGAGAGGCCAUUCACUUGCUCAGACUGUGGGAAGAGAUUUCCUCGGUCAUUUCAACUGAAGGAACAUCGGCGAGUUCACACUGGAGAGAAGCCAUUUACCUGCUCAGACUGUGGGAAGGGAUUCACUCGGUCAUCUCAACUGAGGGCACAUCAGCCAGUUCACACUGGGGAGAGGCCGUUCACCUGCUCAGACUGUGGGAAGGGAUUUACUCUGUCAUCUCAACUAUUGUUACAUCAGUCAGUUCAUGCUGGGGAGUGGCUGCUGUUCUGCUCAGUCUGUGGGAAGGGAUUCACUCGGUCAUUUCAACUGAAGGUACAUCAACGAGUUCAUACUGGGGAGAGGCCAUUUACGUGUUCAGUGUGUGGGAAGGGAUUCACUCGGUUAUCCCAUCUACAGAAUCACCAGUCAGUUCACACUGGGGAGAGGCCAUUCACCUGCUCAGACUGUGGGAAGGGAUUCUGUCGGUCAUCUGACCUACUGGCACACCAGUCAGUUCACACAGGGGAGACACCAUUCACCUGCUCAGACUGUGGGAAGGGAUUUCUUCGGUCAUCUCACCUGAAGGAACAUCAGCGAGUUCACACUGGGGAGAGGCCGUUCACCUGCUCGGAUUGUGGGAAGGGAUUCACUAAGUCAUCCCAUCUACAAACACACCAGCGAGUCCACACGGGGGAGAGGCCAUUCACCUGCUCAGAUUGUGGGAAGGGGUUUUCUCAGUCAUCUCAACUAUUGGCACACCAGUCAGUUCACACUGGGGAGUGGCCGUUCACCUGUUCAGACUGUGGGAAGGGGUUCACUCGAUCAUCUCAGCUGAAGCUACAUCAACGAAUUCAUACUGGGGAGAGGCCGUUCAUUUGCUCAGACUGUGGGAAAGAAUUCACUCGGUCAUUCAGCCUGCAGAGACACCAGCGAGUGCACACUGGAGAGAGGCCGUUCACGUGUUCCGUGUGUGGGAAGGGAUUCACGUGGUCAUCCCACCUACAAACUCACCAGCGAGUCCACACUGGGGAGAGGCCAUUCACCUGCUCAGACUGCGGGAAGGGAUUCACUCACUCAUCCCACCUACAGACACACCAGUCGGUUCACACUGGGGAGAGGCCAUUCACCUGCUCAGACUGUGGGAAGGGAUUCAUUCGGUCAUCUGACCUAUUGGCACACCAAUCAGUGCACAAUGGGGAGAGACCGUUCACCUGCUCAGACUGUUGGAAGGCAUUCACUUCAUCAUCUCAACUGAAGGUACAUCAGCGAGUUCACACUGGGGAGAGGCCAUUCAUCUGCUCAGACUGUGGGAGGGGAUUUACUCGGUCAUCUCAACUAAAGACACAUCAGCAAGUUCACACUGGAGAGAGGCCAUUUACCUGUUCUGUGUGUGGGAAGGGAUUCACUCAGUCAUCUAGCCUACAGACACACCAGUCAGUUCAUACUGGGGAGAGGCCAUUCAGGUGCUCAGACUGUGGUAAGAGAUUUUCUCGGUCGUCUCAACUAAAGCUGCACCAGCGAGUCCACGCUGGGGAGUGGCCAUUCACCUGUUCAGACUGUGGGAAGGGAUUCACUCAAUCGUCUCACCUACUGGCACACCAGCGAAUUCACACGGGAGAGAGGCCAUUCAUCUGUUCUGCCUGUGGGAAGAGGUUCACUCAGUCAUCUCAACUGAAGGUACAUCAGCGUGUUCACGCUGGGGAGAGACCAUUCACCUGCUAAGUCUAUGGGAAGAGAUUUCCUCAGUCAUCGCAACUGAAGGUAUAUUCGCGAGUUCACACUCAGAGGCUCCACACGUGUCCUGUGUGAUCAAAGAGGUUUCCUUGGUCAUCCCACCUGCUGACAAAUCACCGAGUUCACACAGGGGAGACAGUUUAAAUAACUCUUGCUGAAUUUUUGACCAUCACCUUUGGUAAAUCCAUUUGUAAGUUCAAGAGUUACUGUUGGUGUCAGUUUCCGCAGUUACUGCACCUGAAACACCCUGGUCACUGGGUACGGGAGGGGUUUGUUCUGAUGAUGUUAGCCAUUAAUUGGACUGGAGUUAAAUUAGUUCUAUUUUAAAUCUCGUGUCUCAGGUCCUUACUGACUCUGCAGCACACUCAAUGUACAGUAGAGAGGCCAGUCAGCCUCUCUGGUCCCCACCGUGUUUUAGUUCCGUCUGCUCCCAUCACCCGGUAGUGGUUUUUUUCUCUCUGUGUUCUCUCAGCUUGUCCUUAAAUCCAUUCCUGCUGCUCACCUCCAGCUGCCCCUCUAGUGACAGGUUCCAAAUGGUCAGCACUCUGGAUAAAGUGUGAUCAACUGGUCUGUGACAACUUGCACUCGUUCUUCCUUCAAACUUUAUUUCCUUGUGCCCAAGGGCAACAGUCCAGCCCCUGUCACUGAACUGCUCUGAAACUUCUGCCUAGAAUUGUCAAUAUUGUGUGGAUAUUGACCAAUUGAUAUCUUGUGUAGCAUCUAAUCCCUUCUUUACAUAAGUAGAAUGCCAAUCAUGAUACAUUCUUACAGGUAGUAAAAUCCAACAAACCUACAUGCAAGUUACUCGUUUACUUGCAUUAAUCUGAUCUGAAGCAGCCAAUUAGAUGUUAGUUUUAGUUAGAGUUACUGUCCAAUGGGAAGUGUGUGUUUCUCACUACUUCAUCGAGAUCUUUAUCUCCUGAUGGCCAGCUCCUGCCCUUGGUGUCCAUGCUGUGAAAAGAGGAGCUAUUCCAAGGAGCUUGCUCUGUACAGCCGCACACCUUGCCCAACGAUGGAAACGUUCCUUCAUUUGCUGUCUGACUUCCUGCAGACAGAAGAAGCAGGAUCUCGGAUAUCCCCUGUCCCUUAAUCAUCACGGCUGGGAGGCAUUGAACUCUUAUUUCCAGCUCUUUUCAACACUCUGGUCCAUUUUGGCAGUUAACAAUUGCCACGGAAACUGGUUUAUUAUCACCGACAUAUGUUGUGAAUUUUUAAAAAAUUUCCUACAACAGUACAGUUCAAAAAUAAAAUAAUUACUCUAUCACAAAAAUAAAUAAGUAAAUAUUGCGAGAGGGGAAUAGUGAGAUGGUGUUCAUGGACCGUUCAGAAAUCUGAUGGCGGAGGGGCAAAACUGUUUCUAAAUUGAUGGUGAGUCUUGUACCUGCUCCCGGAUGAGAAGAGACUAUGUUCUGGAUUUGGGUCCUUAACGAUAGAUACUGCCUGCUUGAGGUACAGCUUCCUGAUGGCAGCGCGUCUGGGCUGCCCUGAGGUUGCUACCAUCAGGGAUCAGCGCCUGGUUGGUGGGCUGUGGGUUUGCGUACGGUGUCGAUGUGGUGAGGAGGGAAUCGGAUCCAGGGGAGCGUGGCAAUGAAUGAAACAGUAUCGAGAUCCGAAUGCUUCUCAGUGAAACCUGUUCCACACCAAUCCUGCACCUCAUCCAUUCUUCCACCCCUCUUUCUGUCUCUGCCUUGUUCUACUCUCAGGUUAGUUACAAUCUUCCCCCUCUCUUCGUCUCUGAGUCCUACCCUUCCCUCCUUCCCACCCCCAUCCUGUCUCUGCCUCGUCCAGUUCUCUUGUGGUGUUACAACUUCCAUCUCUCACUGCAGGCUUGAGUCUUCCCCCUUACCCAUCCCAUACAAUAUCCAGCUUGCCUUAUUCUCCUGUCAGGGUUACUACCAUCCCCAAUCUCUGUCCUUGAGUUGCUAUCUUCCCUCCUACCCACUAGCAUCUGGUUUCUGACUCAUCCUUGUCUCCCUUCAGUGUUAACACCUUCUGUCUGUAUCUCCAUCUGUUCAGUCCCUCUGACUCAUCAUCCCCUCUGGUUCAUCCUAUACUCCCAUCAGUGUUACCACUUUCCCCUUCUCUCCAUUCCUGAAUCCCACCCUUCCCUUGGACCCAUCACCAUCCCGUCUCUGCCUUGUCCUAUUCUCCCGAGGGUGUUACCACCUCCCCCUCUCCCUGUCUCCAAGUCACCCCCCUUCUCUCACAUCCACCCCAUCCUCUCUCUGCCACAUCUUAUUCUCCUGUUGGCGUUACCAUCUUCCCCUUCUCUCUGUCCUUGGCCCCUUCUUUGUGACCCACCAUGACGCCUCCAGUUCAUCCUAAUAUCCCGUCCUCCCCCCCCCCCCAUCUCUGAGUCACCCCUUUCCCUUCCUACCCAUCCCAUUCAGUCUCUGGCUCAUCCUGCUCUCGAGGUUGGCAUUACCACCAUCCCCCUCUCUGUACCCUUGGGUCACAGUCUUCCUACCCGCCCCAUUUCUUCUCUGUCUCAUCCUGUUCUCCCAUUGGUGUUACCACCUUCAACCCUCUAUCUGACCCUGAGUCUCUUCGUUCCUGCCGACCCACCACCAUGCCAUCUUAAGCUUGUCCCAUUUUCUCAUUGGUGGUACGAAGUGCUCCCUCUUUCUUUCCAAGUCACCCCUUCACUCCGACUCACUGCCAUCCCGUCUCUAAGUCAUCCUAUUCUCCUAUUGGUGCUUCCACCAUCGCUCUCACUCCAUCCCUGAGCUGUCCCCUUCUCUCUGAACCACCCCAUGCUGUCUCCGGCUCAUCCUAAUCUCACGUCUGUAUCACCACCUUCCCCCUCUCUCUGUCCCGAGUCGCACCCUUCCUUCCUGCCGACCCCCAUCCUGUCUCUGGCUCGCCCUAUUCCCGUGUUGAUGUGACUACCUUCCCCCUUUCUCCAUCCCCAAGUCUUCUUUCCUACCCACCCCUAUCCCUCACACCCACCCUUAUCCCUGUUCUGUCUUGUCUUAUUCUCCCAUCUGUGUUACCACUUUUCCCCCCUCCAUCCCUGAGUCAACCCACCCCCAUCCCAUUCUUUAGCUCGUCCAAUUCUAACAUUGGUUAGAACAUUGGCUCUAACUUUCCUCUCCGUCCUGGUGUUGCCCAUUUCUCUCUGACCCAGCCCAUGCUGUCUCCAGCUCAUCCUUGCUUCCCCCUCUCUCUGUCUCUGAGCCGCCCUUUCCUUUCCAGCCAGCCCCAUUUCCAUCUCUGGUUCAUCUUACUGUCAGAUUAGUUCUACCACCUUCCUCGUCUCUCCAGCCCUGUCGCCCCCUUCCCUCCUACCUAUUCCAUCCCAUCUCUGCCAUCAGCGUUACCACUCUCCCCCCCCACCCCCGUGUCCCUGAGUUCCACCCUACCCUCCUACCCACUUGCAUCCUGCUUUGAGUCACUCCCUUGCCUCUGAUCCACCACCAUUCCAUCUGGCUCAUACCAUAUUCCUGACAGUUACCACUUUCCCCUUUCUGUCUCUGUGUUGGCCCCUUCUCUUGGACCCACCUCAUGCCAUCGCCAGUUCAUCCUAAUCUCCUGUCUGUAUCACCACCUUUCCUCUCUCUCUCUACCUGAGCUCCCUUCCCUCCUACCCACUACCAUUUCUGUGUUGUUCUAUUCUCCCGCUGUUACAACUUUUGCCUGUCUUUCUGUCCAUGGGUCACUCCCUUCCCUCCUACCUCCACACAUCCCAUCUCUGACUUGUCCUCUUCUACCGUCAGUGUCACCUCUUUCCCCCUCUCCAUUGCUGUGAGCCUCCCUCUCGACCUGUUUUCUUGUCUGUGUUUCCUCUCCCUCCAAACUUGAGUCGCCUCCUGCUCUCCUGCCCAUCCCAUUCCGUCUCUGACUCAUCCUAUUCACCUGUCAGUGUUACCACCUUCACCGUCCCUCCAUCCUAGUGUUGCCCCCUUCCCACCAUCAUCCUGUCUCGGGCUUUUCCUGUUCUCCCACCUGUAUCAGCACCCUCCCCCUCUCUCCAUCUUGGAGACUACACCUUCCCUCUGACCCACACUCAUCCCAUCUCUGGUUCAUACCGUUCUCUAUUCGGUGUAACUACUUCGCAAGCUCCCUCUGUCCCUGAGUCAAACCCUUCCCUCCAACUCUGCCUAAUCCUCUCUCUGACUCACUCUAUUCUCCCAUCUGUGUUACAACUUUCCCCCCUCUCUCCCUGUCCCUGAGUCAGCCCCUACCCUCCUACCCACCCCAUCUCGCUUCCGGGUCAUCUUAUUCUCCCAUCAGUGUUACCACUCUCCCCCCUCUCUCUGUCCCUGUCACCCUUCCAUCCAACACUCUCACUUCUCAUCUCUGCCUUGUCAUAUUCUGUCCCUGAGACACCUCUUUCCCUCCUACCCACCACCAUCCCGUCUCUGUCUCAUCCUGUUCUCUUGUUGGUGUUACCACUUUUCCCCCCUCUCUCCAUCCCUGACUCGCCUUUUUCCCUCCUACCCACUGGCAUCUGACUGUUUCAUUCUAUUCUCCCAUUGGUGUUACCACCUCCCCCUCUCUGUCUCUGAGUACCCCCUUCUCCCUGACCCACCCCCAUCCCAUCUCUAACGUCCUAUUUUCCCAUCAGUGGCAGCAGUUAACUCCCUCUCUCUGCCCCUGGGUUACCCACUUACAUCUGACCUUCUCUCUUCUCACUUCUGGCUCAUCAUGUUCUCCCGUCAGCGUUGCUACCCUCCCCUUCUCUCCACCCCUGAUUCACCCCUUACUUCCUACCCACCCCCAUCUCAUCUCUAACUCGUCAUAUUCUCUCGUUGGUGCUAUCACCUUCACUACCUCUCCAUUCCAGUGUUGCCCCCUUCUCUGCGAGACACGCCCAUCUGCCACUUCUUCGCCCAUUCUCCUAAUUUGUCCAAGACAUUCUGCUGCCUUCCUGCGUCCUCAACACGAUCUGCACCUCCACCUAUCUUCAUAUCAUCCACAACCCUGGCCAUAAAUCCAUCAAUUCCAUUUUCCAAAUUAUUGACAUAUAACAUAAAAAGAAGUGGUCCCAACACCGACCACUGCAGAAUACCACUAGUUACUAGCAGCCAAACAGAAAAGAGUCCCUUUAUUCCCACUCUUUGUCUCCUGCCAGUCAGCCAAUGCUCUAUCCAUGUUAGUAUCUUUCUUGCAAUACCAUGGGUUCGUAACUUGUUAAGCAUCCUUAUGUGCAACACUUUGUUAAAGACCUUCUGAAAAUCCAAGUACACAACAUCCACUUUUGUCUCCUUUGUCUAUCCUGCUUGUUACUUCUUCAAAGAAUUCCAACAGAUUUGUCAGUAAAGAAUUUCCUUUAAGAAAACUAUCCUGACUUGAGCAUACUUUAUCAUGUGCCUCCAAGUACCCUGAAACCACACCCUUAGCAAUCGACUCUAACAUAAGAUCAUAAGACAUAGGAGCCGAAUUAGGCUAUUCAGCCCAUCGAGUGUGUUCCACCAUUCCAUCAUGGCUGAUUCCGGACACUCAACCCCAUACACCUGCCUUCUCGACAUAACCUUUGAUGCCCUGACCGAUCAACUUCUGCCUUAAAUAUACACACUGACUUGCCCAAUGCAGUCUGUGGCAGAACGUUCCACAGAUUUACUCUCUGGCUAAAAAAAUUCCAUCUGCCACUUUUUUGUCCAUUCUUCCAAUUUCCUGCUGCAAUCACAUUGCUUCCUCAGCACUACCUAAUGCUCUUCGUAUCAUCACCAAACUUUGCCACAAAACCAUCAAUUCCAUUAUCUAAAUCAUUGACAAACAAUGAAAAGCAGCGGCCCCAAUACUGAUCCCUGAGGAACACCACUAGUCACCAGCAGCCGAACAGAUAAGGCCCUGUUUAUUCCCACUCACUGCCUCCUGCCUGUCAGCCAUUCCACUAUCCAUGUCAAUAUCUUUCCUGUAACGCCAUAGGAUUUUAUCUUGUUAAGCAGCCUCGUGUGGCACCUUAUCAAACGACCUCUGAAAAUCCAAGGCAAUGACAUCCAUUGCCUCUCCUUUGUCCACCCUGCUCGUUACUUCCUUGAGGAACUGUAACAGAUUUGUCAGUCAAGAUUUCCCUUUUUGAAGACUGGAGUGACAUUUUCAAUUUUUGAAUCCUUUGCAACCAUUCCAGAAUUCAAUGAUUAUUGAAGGUUCAUUACUAAUGACACCACAAUCCCUUCAGCUACCUCUUCCAGAACCUUGGCGUGUAGUCCAUCUGGUCCAGGCGACUUAUCUACUUUCAGACCUGUCAAUUUCCCAAGCACCUUCUGGCUAGUAAUAUCAACCAAAAAAUAUCUGCCGACUGACACUCUUGAACCUCUGGCAUAAUGAUAAAGUCUUAAGGGGAUUCUCAGAUUCCUGUAAAUAAUGGUUAAGGCUGAGUCUGUGUAUUCUGGUUUGAGAAUGGCUGCAGCAUGUUUGAGCUCUUUGAAGUGAGAUAUGUUUAAAAGCUCACAAAACCCACAAAAGGAUGUCUCCUGACUUUUCAAAACCUUUUGGUUCCAACAAAAGGCGGUUGCUGAUGGACAUUAGACAGGACAUUCCUUUCUUUAUUAAAGCAUAAAAAUUGGUGGAUGUUCUUAUCUUUGUAAUUAAGUUUUGGCUCCAACAAACCAGGUAGGGCAUUCCUUUCUUAAUUGAAGUGGCUGGAGUGUCUAUCAAACUGAUUGUCCUUUUGUAUCAAUAAUCCACUGUCUUGACUGGAAUAUCUGUUUUUUUGAGGUGAUUAAGUGGUCUUUUUCUCGGGCUAUCACUGUUACUGAACAUGUGACUGUGGGGGUGAGUUAGAAAUUGUUUUCUGCAUACGUGACAAAGAUGGUAUAAAAACUCUGUACCUCUGUGACAGAGAGACUUCCGUGGGAGUGCAGAAGGAAGGUUCUGUCUCGUAGCUCACUACUAAUAAAGGUGGAAAAGAAUCAACUGUGAUACUUGUUUCAUUACAUCAGGUUGAUCACCAUUAACAAUACUGCUAGUGUGUUCGACAGUAAAGACUGAUGCAAAAUACUUAUUCAGUUCAUCCUCCAUUUCUUCCCCCCAAUAUUACCUCUCCAGCAUCAUUUUCCAGCAUUCCAAUAGCUACUCUAGCCUCUCUUUUACUCUCUAUAUAUCUGAAAAACUUUUUGUAUGCUCUUUGAUAUCCUCCCCCAUGGCCUUUUCUUUACCUUCUGUUAGAUUUUAAGAAUUUUCCAAUCCCUUAAGUUCCCUCUAAUUUUUGUUCUAUUAUAUGCCCUCUCUUUUUGCUUUUAUGUUGGCUUUGAAUUACUUUGUCAGUCACGGUUGCACCAUCCUACCUUUAGAAUACUUCUUCAGGAUGUAUCUGUCCUGCGUCAGGGUCUCCAGCCAUUGCUGAUCUGAUGACAUCCCUGCUAACGUGCUCUUCCAAUCAACUUUGGCCAGAUCGCUCAUGCCUCUGUAAUUUCCUUUUUUACACUACAAUAAGGUGUAAGAAGGCACUGGUGAUGCAAUGUUGGCAUUUAUUUUAAGGGGAAUAGAAGUUAAUGCUGAGGUUUUAUAAGACACUAGUCAGGCCGCACUUGGAGUACUGUCAGCAGUUUUGAGCCCCAUAUUUCAGAAAGGGUGUGUUGUCAUUAGAGAGAGUCAGAGGAGGUUCACAAGGAUAAUUCCAGGAAUGAGUUGCAUUUGGCAGCUUUGGGCCUGUACUCACUGGAAUUUAGAAGAAUGCAGUGGGAUCUUCAUUGAAACCUACCGAAUAUUGAAAGGACUAGAUAGGGUGGAUGUGGAGAGGAUGUUUCUGAUCGUGGGGGUAUCCAGAACUAGAGGGCGCAGCCUCAAAAUUGAGGGGUGACCUUUUAGAACAGAGGUAAGGAGGAAUUUUCUUAGCCAGAGAGUAGUGAAUCUGUGGAAUGCUCUGCCACAGACUGCGGUGGAGGCCAAGUCCAUGGGUAUAUUUAAGGCAGAAGUUGAUAGUUUCCUCAUCAAUCAGGGCAUCAAAGGAUAUGGUGAGAAGGCAGGUGUACGGGGUUGAGUAGGAUCCGGGAUCAGCCAUGAUGAAAUGGCAGAGCAGACUUGAUGGACUGAAUGGCCUAAUUCUGCUCCUGUGUUUAAUGGUCAUAUGCCCAACAACUACGGAUUAUUGGAAAAAAACAAAACAAAGAAAACUACUAAAUAACACUUCAUUAUAAUGAUCAAUGCUAACAAUGGAGAAAUGAGUGGUGGCGGAGGCAACAAAUGGUCGAGAAAGCGGAGACAGAGGUGGAGGCGAGGUCGAAGCUGAGUCACGGCAUCCCGGAGAGUGAAUAGAGUCCAGAUGUCUGAUGGGUUUAAAUGCUGGGCCAAAUUGAAAAGCUGAGGUUGUCAGGGCCGUAGCUGAGGGAUGGGUCACCUCAGCCGGGUUUGCUCAGUUCUGCUUGCUGCUUCGUGUCCUUUUCUCGGCUCUGCUGUGGCAAGCCCCAGCUGCAGUGAUGACUGGCUUUGUGGCUUUCAUAAAGUUUCAGUUCUGAAGCUAUUUCCUUACUUCUAUUGUUUGCACUUUUUUCUCCCAUUUUGUGCAUUGGGUAUUGAACGAUCUUUUUUAUGGGUUCUUUUGAGCUUUCUUUGUUUAGUGGCUGCUCGUAAGGAGAUGGAUCUCAAGGCUGUAUAAUGUAGAUAUACUUUGAUAAUAAAUGUCCUUUGAUCUUUGGACAUUUAAACUUCAAAUACUGAUUUUAACUCCUCCCUCUCAAGUUGCAGGGUGAAUUCUAUCAUGUUAUGAUCACUGGCUCCUAAGGGUUCCUUCACCUUCAGCUCCCUAAUCAUAUCCCGGUUCAUUACACAUACCCAAUCCAGAACAGCUGAUCCCCAUAGUCUCAACCACAAGUUGCCUAAAAACCUAUUUUGAAGGAAUUCUACAAAUUCUCUCCGCUAGGAUCCAGUACCCACCUGAUUUUCCCAAUCUACCUGCAUAUUGAAAUCCCCCCAUGAUUAUUGGAAUCGUGCCUCUUUGACAUUACGUUUUUAACUCCUAUUGUAAUUUGUAUCCUACAUCCUGGCUACUGUUCAGUUGCCUGUAUAUAACUCCCACUUGGGUCUUUUCAUCCUUGUAGUUUUUUAACUCUAUCCUCUGUGACAAGAAUACACAUAGAUUAAGAUGUAGCUGUCCUGUGCUGGCACCAGUGGGAUCAGCAGUUGGUCUGUCACCUGUCUUCAGGAGAGAGAGAGAUAAGGAAAACAAUGGAGCAGCAUUUGGAGAUGUGUAAUGAAGGGACGGGAGAGAGAGUAACAGAAGGAGAGAGCUGUCAAGAUUGGCACCCCCUUUGAACCCUGAACUGUUUGAAGUGAUGGACAGGCGAUACCCCAGUAGGGGGAUAAAAAGGGACAGGUUCGCCAAGGCAGGACACACACACGACACCCGAGGUAACGAGACCCUGGAAGCGGUGCGUCUCUCACCAGUCAGUGGGAAGUUUUGGAAGGCCAGUUGCGGGACCGGGCCAUAGACGCACAGGGUGGAAAGGCACAAUCGGCGGGAACCUGGUGUGUGUCCACCCUUGCCUGGGUGCCAGGUUCACCGCAGGGAAACGAUCGUAUCUGGAAACGGAGGGGUCACGGUCGGUGACCUCAGAUGACAUCACAAAGGACUCACCCGAAAGCUGACUGCGAAGGUCUGCGUGGAAGCCGUUUUGAAUAUUCAUUCGUUUUUGCUCUCUCUCUCCUUCCCCCACACUGUCCAUCGCCACGGCAGCGAUUACUGCGAACUGAACUGAACUAAAUUGAACUGAACUUUGUGUCACUUUGAAACUGGUCAUUUACCCCUAGACAACGAUAGAGCUUGAUUGAUCCUGUUAUCUUAAUUCUGUGUACAUGUAUGUUUAUCAUUGCUGAACUGUUGCAUUCAUUAUCCUUUUGAUUAGAGUACUGU